ACAGGUCUACGAAUUUAAGCCUUCAUUCUCCUCUUUGGUCUUUUCCUAUCUCCACCUUAAUUUCUUUUAGCCUUUCCCCCUCAAAAUCCCAACACUACUUAAUAAAGUGACUACUCAUAACACUACAUCACAUAACACAUUACACUUUCUUUUCUCUUAGCCAAAAACCAAAAAAAAAAAAAAAAGACACCCCUUUUGAUUUUCUUGGUUUAGAAAAAAAAAGUAUGGAUUAUGGAAUUUUUUCAGAUUCAGAAUGUAGUAGUGGAUGUGAGUCUGGUUGGACUUUGUACUUGGAAAAUUCUGUUCUUCCUCCUAUGAAUUCUUGCAAUACCAAUAAAUUUUCACCAUUUUGUGAAGCUGAAAAGAGUGUAAAAACAGAACAAGAAGAAGAAGAGGAGGAUUUGUCUAUGGUUUCUGAUGCAUCUUCUGGACCUCCACAUUUUAAUGAAGAGGAUCAAGAUUAUGGCCACAACAAUAAUGGCUUCUUUUUUCAUGCCCCAAUUAAUGGCACAUUGCCUAAAAAUAAUCCCAAAAGGCAAAAAUCAAAGGAAAAAAAACAGCAAACUUCUGCAUUGGAUGAUACAGCUAGUUCUCCUUUCUUUGAUUUCUCAAAUAACAAUUUUACUAUCACCAAUGACACAGCUUCAGUGGAUAAUGUAUUGGACUUUUCACAAGGUUACUCUGCAACUCAUUUUCAGAGGAGAUCUGCAUAUGCAUAUCAGGAGCAAUAUGAUUUUUUCCAAUCAUCUCUGUUACCUGGAAACCAAUUGCAAGAAAACCAGUCAUGUGUUCGAGCCGUAAAAACAGUCUCUUGCAGAAAUACGGGGUGGUUUGAAGGCAAAAGGUGGGGAUAUUAGCAGCUAUCAGUUCUAGCAAAUGUUGAUGAUGUCUGCAGCUAAAUGAAUGUUUAGAAAGAGGAAAGGAAUUGGAGCUCAAAAGAGAUUUUUUUUCCUCUUCUUUUUCAAUAUUUUUUUUUUAAUUUUGCUGUCAAUGCAGUGGGAAACAACUUGAAAUAAGAAGUUGGAAUUCCUUUUCCUCUAUCUUAGAAUUAAGUUUGUUGCAAUGAAUAGUGAAAUAUUAGAUUUUGACCUCAUUGGGAGUAAUGGUUACAUAUUGCUUUUGAACU